AUGAGCCUCAAAUCCCCGAUGUCUGCUCCUCGGUUUGAGAGCAAAGGCAGCCAUAUUUCAGCUAGAAAUGGAAGCUGUUUUCUAGUCAGGCACACUCCUCAUCCCAGAAGGGUCUGCCACAUCAAAGGUUUGAAUAACAUUCCAAUCUGUAAUGUGAAUGAUGAUGAGAACUCAUUCAGAACAUUGUGGGGUGUUGGCCAGUCCCACCACUCACAGAAAGAUGAGAUACCAUAUGCCAGAUGCAGCUACCCACCCAGUGCUGUGGCCACGGAGAGCCCUGUCUCGCCAGCCCUUAAUGGGGUCAAAGUGCCCCCACGGUCUCAUUCUGAGCCCUGUCGAAAAGUCAAGGAGUGCUUCAAAACCUCCAGUGAUAAUCCCUUAGUAAUUAAAAAGGAUGAAAUGAAGGUAAAAAAUCCACCAUUGACUCCAAAGCCAUGUUCUACUGCUAGUUCUUCUUCUUCAGAGGUGACGAGUACCAAGACUGCCAUCAAAGAGAACACCAUCUGCAUACCAAACUAUCUGGAUCAGGAAAUCAAAAUUCUGGAAAAGCUCUGUAACAGUUUACGCACUGAUUCUCUGGCAGAAGUUCUUCAGUGGCUGCUCCAUGCAAGUCCAAAAGAAAAGGAGUGGGUCUCAGCUUUGAUUCAUGCUGAACUGGCUGAGAUAAACUUGUUAACUCGUCUCAGAAGAAACACCUCAGAUGAACCAGCAGCAGAGACUGGGAGGCCACCCAAAGUCAAGUCACCCUCAAAUUCAUCAGCAAAAUCAAAGGUGCUAACCAGUUCUAGGGAAGGACAUCAACAGAGGAGAGUGUCAAGUCAAGGAUCUGAAGAAAAUAAGGAAGUACUGAAAGAGGGCAAGCCUCCAUUGUUUAUAAGAAGAAAUCAGACAAAAAUACCUGUUGCAGAAUAUUUCAGCAAGCCAAAAUCUCUUCCCAGGCCUAAAACUCAGGAGAGCACAUUAACAAAGCCAGUGUCAGCAAGGAGUAUACAACAAGGAUACAAUCCCUCUGCCCAAAGAGCAUUUUAUCCUAUAACGUACCAAAGGUAG